AUGAUGAUGACGAGUUUAUGCAUCAAGUAUUGGCAAGAAUAUCUCGCCCAGGGCUUUAUAACGGGAAUAGACUUCGGUAUGCUGUUCUUGCCAAGUGUUGCUAUUGUAUCACAGUACUUCUCGACCAAAAGUGCCUUUGCUUCUGGAAUCUUUGCCAGUGGCAGUAGUCUUGGUGGGUGGUGUGUUUUAUACAGGAAUAUUCCGGACACUACAGCUUCGUUUCGGCUUUCGAUGGGCCACUCGGAUUAUUGCGUUCAGAUUGCUCGUUACUCUGGUAAUUACUUGACAUGA